AGCCUGAAGGGCAGAGAUCAGAAGUGGAUCCGCCGCAUGAACACUAUCUGCUGAUUCAUGUUUAUCUGCCGCAGACAGUCUUCCUCUGCACUACACAAUGCAACUUCUCUCUGUCAAUCAGAUGAGAUGCAAACAUUACUGAAAAACAACAAUAUUCAUUCACUCAAGUAUAUCUUUGAAGUACUCGAAGUACUUCUCUUGGCACCUCAACUGCAUCAAAGGUCAGAGGUCAAUAUUGUACUAUUUCUGCCAGAGUAUUAUUUCAUUUGUAAAUUAAAAAAAUGAGUAUCAUAUUUUAUUAUCCAAUAAUCUGUGAAAGCUUUCCUACUUUUGCAGAAGCAAAACAUUGCAUAAACUUUACAUCUAAUUUGUAUUGUAGCAGAAUUCUGUUUCUACAAUGUAGUAUUAUUCAAUUUACAAAUGCAAAACUUUUACGAAUAUGAAAUGACCAAGUAAAAGUAGGUGAGUAAAAUGACUUGCAUCUGCAUUGAAAAUGUGAGUAGAUGAUAAGGCAGUUACUAUAUGUGAAUUCAUAUUUGGCAGUGGUCUUUAUCAGUGCUCAACAGCCGGCAGUAACACACACACACACACACACAUGGCCUCUCAGAGUGUCUGUCAGACACACAGUCCUCUCCUGAAGACACGCAGCAGCACUGAAGUGACUGGUAACCAUGUUAAGGCUUCUGCUCCUGUGUCUACUCCUCCUGUUUCGAGCUCAAAGGUCUUCAGCAUGCCCUCACCUUUGCUCCUGUCAUGGAAGUCGGGUGGACUGCAGCAGCACAUCUCUCACCACCUCCUCGCUGCCCAACAGUUUCCCUGCUGGAACCACCGAGCUCCUCCUCCACAACAACUUGCUGACUAGCCUCCCUAAUGGACUACUAGACCAUUUGACCUCCCUGAGCUCUGUUUCUCUUCAUGCUAACCCCUGGGUGUGUGACUGUGGUGUCCUCUACCUGCGGGCCUGGCUGCUGCGUCAGCCCCCCAGCCUCACAUCACACCUGGGUGUCAACUGCAGCUCCCCCCCAAACCUGAGAGGGCGGCUGGUGGUGUAUUUAACUGAGGAGGAGUUACUGGAGUCCUGCCAUUACUGGUACUGUGACCUGGCUUUGGCCUCCCAGGUGUGUUUGCUUGUGUUUGUGGUGGGGCAGGCCGCUCUGUUGGUGGCCCUCGUCGUAUUUCUGAAGAGGUUCGAGAGGCUGACCAAAGAGGCGAAGAGAACCACAGAGGAGAGCUUCACAGCCGGGGAGGGUCAUAGGAGCAAUGAGUAUUCAGCUUUAAUGGACAGCAGCAUCUGAGCAUAUUUACUCUGGUUUCUACAGUUCACACCUCAUCUCCUCUUCUCUGAUACCAUUGACCUGCUUGGAAAAGCCCUUUCCUCUUAUUCCUGUUAAAUAUUCACAUUAUAACAUGAACAGUUGUAUGACAAAAAAGAUAGGCGAUCCCAUUUGUUUGUUUUACAAAAAGUUGUCAAUGCUUGAAAGAAUGAGCCUAUAUGAUAUUCAGUAUCAGUGAUACUGGUCAGAAUCAUUGGAGUGGAUAUUAGUUUAUGAAAAAAAAAAAAUCUGAUUCAAUAACACACGCUCACUCCUUGUCCAUUUAAGUGUGUAUUAAUGUUUUUAAAGUCUGAUUUUC